AUGUCGACAAUACUCGACCCGAAAAGCGAGAUCUACAAACGAACAGCAAUUCAUUGCUUGUUCGAAAUUGGCUUGGAACCUGAUGUCGUCGCUGGUGAGCUAGGAACCAGAUUCCCAGGAAUGACAACAGAGGAAGUGGAUUCUUGGUUCAGUCGGUUCAGAGACGAAAAUUUUGAAAUUGGAAAAAAUGUUAGCAUCGCUGAAAAUGGAGUGGUCAUUGACAAAUCCAUCGAUUCGGAAAGUGAGGUGUACGAUCUCGAAGAAAUCUUUAAUAAGCUGGAGCGUGAUUAUCCAGAGUUUAACCAAACCACGCAAAUUGGUCGGGCUCCUCACGUCAACGUUUAUAAACAGUACACAGCUCAGCGUUCUGAUGCAAAUCAAAUUAGCUUAGCAUCUCUCAAUCUUAGCUCAAACCUCGACGUUCAAAGUACUUCGAGACCUCCGAAGUUUCCACCAUCAUCAAUAGCUAUCUACUGUUUACAGAUGACUUGA